UUUGUCUACUUUAAGGAGUCUUGCUAGCCAGUUACUACAGUAUUUGUCAAACCUUUGAGAAAAAAUAAUGUAAGACGAUUUGCAUUUCAUGAGUUUGUUUGACAUAUCUUCUUUGGAACAGAUUUAAAAUGAGCAUCACGGAUAUUCUAAGCCCUUCUGAUAUUGCUGCUGCUCUGCGGGACUGCCAAGCUCCAGAUUCCUUUAGUCCCAAAAAAUUCUUUCAGAUCAGUGGGAUGUCUAAAAAGAGUAGCAGUCAACUCAAGGAGAUCUUCCGGAUCCUCGACAAUGAUCAAAGCGGCUUUAUUGAGGAAGAUGAGCUCAAGUAUUUUCUUCAGAGGUUUGAAUGUGGAGCCAGGGUGUUGACUACUUCAGAAACUAAGACCCUCCUGGCAGCUGCAGAUCAUGAUGGGGAUGGUAAAAUUGGGGCUGAAGAAUUCCAGGAACUGGUGCAGUCUUAGAGGUGCAAAAGUAACAAUCAAGGCAG